AUGAGCUAUCCUUGGGGCGUCAAAGGACUAGACAAGUCUCGAUUUGAAGCCUAUGCGAAACUCUUGCGUCUGAAAAAUGGCGGCCAGAUCGAGGAAGCUUCAAACUUCUCCGAAAUGCCCGACGAAGAGGCAGAAACGGAUACACUGGACGAUGCUGACUCCGUCAACGCCAACGCAUUUUCGAUGUUUGAUGAGAGAAAGCUAAAGAGGGCCUUCCUUGAUAGACUAUCGGAGCUUGUUGCGAACGAGAAAGGAGGUCAUCAUGUCUCCUCAUGUCUCAUGAUUGAGUGGCCUGAUCGAGUCGACAUUCUCGUGGCAAGGAACAAUGGCUUCAGGAAAGCAGAUGCAAUUCUCCGCAUGCUGGACACUUUAGCCUCUAGCCUUCGGGAGAUUUCCAGGCUUGCCUCAUCAGCCAAACUGGCCCUAAGGGCCAUCACCUUAUCUACGGAGGUCCAAGUAGAUACUUUGACCUUGGCCGGUUGCAUACCAUCUCUGCUCUCACGCCUCGGUGAGAUCCGUUCCCUUAUAGGCGUUGUCACACCCUCGCCAACACAGAGUAACAUUGAGAAGCUUGUGCAGAGCGCCCAUGACGUUUAUACAUCAUACAAUGAGCAUGAUUUUGAAGAGAUCGCUGGGAAUCCCGCAGAUAUCAGGUCUCUGAGAGACGCGCUGGGCUACCUCGGCAGGUUACAGACAUGCUUCCACACCUUGGUGAGAAGCACAGAAAGGCUAUCUAGCUUCCAAAAUCUCCGGAUACUGCCAGUACUUGAUACACCAACCGGCCAAUCCAAACCGACUGUAACAGUCCGGAACAAUGCCUGGUCGUUGGCGCAGACGUUCUCAUCGCUCGGCCUUACACUAGACGACAAGAGCGUAGCAUCCAUUGUCAGCACUGGGAAGAAGAAGGGGGCCUGGACCAAGAACAAACUGCUCCAAAAGUUUGACAAACUGAGGGCAUCGGUCUCCGAGGUGCACGCAGAAAUGCGAGUCAUCUUGGCAGCGACAAAACACGAUUGUACGGGCGCGACGAUAUUCAGAUACGUGGGCUGCAGUAAGCGCAGCUGCUUCCUUUGCUCCAGGGCUAUUCAGAACUAUGAGGGUUACACGACAAGAGGAUGCCAUGGCAAGCUCUACAAUCUCUGGACGGUGCCUCAGCUUCCAAGUUGUGACGAGGACAAAGGGUUGAAGCUCGUUCAGGCUCUCAAAAUUGUUGAGAGAGCCAUGAAGGAUUCCAUACGCAAUAAGACCUACGGACUUAACCCUGCUCCUGAAUCCACGCUAGGAGGCUCCUCGGUUGCGACUAGAAGACAGCUCUUCAGUCAAAAUGCUCAUACAAUGACGCUCGUCUCCGAUUACCUCAGAUCCCAGCGCCAAGGGAUGAGGUCCGACAGUCGGAAAUUAGAAGACUUUGCAAGCCCCAGGGAGCCAAGCCUGUCCUUAGCAAGCGGAGCUAAACCAGAAGCCAACCUUGAUCCCUUGUCACCGGCCCAAACCCAAGAUCAAUCAGCGACAACAUUACCCCGACCUCAACAGCUUCGAGGUGAAUGCGAAGUUUGUGAAGAAGAGACUGAUCGCCACUGUGAAUUCUGCAGCCGAGAUUGGUUCUGUAGCCGAGUGUGCCAAGAUCGGAUGUCGUUUUAUCACCUCACAAAGUGUUCAGCUCGCUCGAUAACGAGUGCCGACAUACUGUGUCAAGAUGCUAUCGGAGAUCAGCUUCCCAAAGACCCAGAGGCGCUUGAGCAUUUCGGGUUCACUCGGUGCCGCGACGGGAGAGAGCGGUCUCACCUGCUCGGCCUCUACCAGGGUCUCUUUCACUUGGGGGUUGGGCCUAUCCAGCUGAACGAUUGGCGAGAGAGAGACAUUCUUGUGAGCAGUAUCAUCGACAAGUUUUCCAAGGUGCCCGCGAAGUGUCGGGGGGGCUACUUUCCAUGGUUCGUUCGAAACCAGCACAUUCUUGAUAACUCAAGGCCACCUCUUGAGCUCGAGGGCAAGGAUCAUCCCAUUCUGCGGGCUGUGGCGGCUGCAAGGCCCUACCUUGACCCAGAAGAUCGCGCCAAGGAAGUGAAAGACCUAAAGCCACUUUCCAAACGGGAUUGCUUUGUGAUGUACGCCAUGGCCUUGGACGGGACUCAUCCAAACCCGUCUGAAGAUGGCCUUGACCUGUGGUACAGUUUUGGCUUUGCAACCUGUCGUGACGAAUACGAUGAGAGUCGCCUUGGGAGUCUCUACAGUCGCCUUAUAGGUGGCAAUAAAUCCUUCAAAGAUUACGACCAAAGCCUGGGGUUUACCUCAAGGGGCUACCCCGAUCUUCCCACAUGUUCAUUCAACGAAUUCUGGGUGGCCUAUGAAGCCGGCACUCUUCCGGAGCUCCUCCAUCAAUAUGGGAUGAGCCACUCAUUACACGAUGACUCCGGCCUUCGGGAGUUCCUGUCCGUUCCUCCAAACCAGGAUGCACUACGCCCGUCGGUUUGGAGGUUGAAACACUUCUUCGCCCUCGAGCCCAAUACUCCACUAAGCAAUUUUCCCAAGAUUGAAGCAGCCGCCCAAGAAUACGGGUUCACACCUCAGCUCGACGCACGGACAAGGUUGGCAUUGAGACAGUUUUACGGGCAGCUAUUUGAAAAGGUUAAUCCGCUCACGGUUCAUGAAGCAAAGGAUUGUGGCACACUGCUUCAGUAUGCGGAAAGCAACCUCACUACCAUCGAUGAUGGGGUGCGGCAUGUGCUGCGAAGGCUUGUCUGA